CUCAGAGUGUAACACACUGCAGAGUGAGAGAGGGAAGCAGCACCGAGGCGACAGCAUACUGAUCAGAAGAAAAUAAGUCCCAGAAGACUCUGAGCUCCCCUAAUAUGAUGCCUACAGUCAAAGGCAUGUCACACAUGAUACCCACUCAUGUUCUCAGAGUGGGUCAGACUAUCUGCCUGGAACCGGCACAGGAGAGGGUCAUCCACUGCACCAGCCUCCCAAAAUCCCACCAUGACGAUCCCGAUCUCGACAUUUCCCUGGAAAAUCUCAACCAGCUCAUCUUGGAGCUGGAUCCCACGUUUGAACCCAUCCAAGACAACAAAAGUCCAACAUGCAUCAGCCCCCCUACAGACGCCUCGUGCUCAGAUGAAGAUGUUUCUGAAGAUGUGCUCGUUUCUAGAGGUUGUUCUACCAUCUCGGUGGUGCCCUCGGUGUCCCCGAGUAUCCCCAUCCCCACACACAGCGGCCUCAGCUGCAGCCCCCACCGGAUGCUGGCGUUCUCCAGCUCCCCAACGUCCACCCUGCCCCCGCUGCCGUUUGGCAGCGCACCCAGGCGAAAUCCCUCACCGAAGAAUGACUUUUCCCACGGGUCCCUGCGGCUGUCACGCUCCAACAGAAACAGCACCACCUCGCUCCUCUCCACCUCCACCUGCUCAGACACCAGCUACAUCCUCGGCAGUAACCUCUCCUUGACCGGUGAAGAUCUCGAUCCUCCAGACUCCGUGAUGUCCGGCUCCUGUAGCGAUGAUUCCAGAAUGAAGUCAUGCAAUAACAGGCAAAGCUUGGAGAAACCCUUGAUAACGAAGCGAGGACAUCUUCAGGAAGCGAACAGCAGAAGAGCACAGAACUGCCGUGCCUUAGUCUCGGGGUCACUGACCGAUAUCCCUCUGCUCUUAGUCAACGGGGCACCACAGCCAGACCUGCACUGGCCCGAACCAGAGAUCGAAUUACUCCAGAAUGUCCCUCUGCCAAAACCAGCUUGUUCAGGUUUCCAGGCCCGUUUUAAUGGCAGCCAACCAUCGAUGAAAUUCGUCAUGGAUACGUCGAAGUUUUGGUUCCGUCCACACAUCAGCAGAGCAGAAGCUGAAGCUCUACUAAAAGAUAAGGAAGCAGGAACCUUUGUGGUGAGAGACAGCACCUCCUACAGAGGCAGUUUCGGUUUGGCCAUGAAGGUAGAUCAAACACCCGCCAGCUUCACAGCUGCUGCCUAUCCAGGAGAAAGCAGCUCAGAUCUUAUCAGACACUUCCUCAUUGAAUCAUCAGCCAAAGGUGUGCGCAUUAAAGGCUCUUCUCAGGAACCCUACUUUGGUAGUCUCUCUGCCCUGGUCUACCAGCACACCAUCUCUGCCUACGCCUUACCCUGCAGGUUACGGCUCUACUGCCACGACCUGAGAUCAGCAGAAGAGAGAGCCAAACAAAAAGCAGCUUCAGAGGAAAAGGACAGAACAGCUUCCAACUUCAUCUAUCUGGAUGCCGUGCCCACUGAGAUGCUGACAGGCCCCUGCGCAGUGCAGAAGGCGGUGUCCUCAACACUACAGAAGGCUCCGGGUUCCUUCACACCCACCAUAGUCAACAUGAAAGUGUCUCUGAAGGGUGUCACACUCACAGACAUCAACAGGAAGCUCUUCUUCAGACGCCAUUACCCCGCUCACCUGCUGAGCUACAGCAGUGAAGAUCCAGAUAAUCGAGUGUGGAUGAGGGGUUCCAAUUUUGGUGCAAGGUUGUUUGGCUUCGUGGCAAAGGGUAUUGAAGCCGGUACGGAGAACGUAUGCCACGUGUUUGCAGAAUAUGACUCCCUGCAGGCCUGCAAUAAAGUCAUCGAGGUGAUUCAGGCAGCCAUAGCCAAGCCGUAAACACACAAACCCUGAGAUGACGCGACGCAGCCUCCAGACUCCUGCUUACACUGUCUGUUUUACACUGUACUCUUCUACAAUAACCUGUCCAGUACGGCGGUUACAGGAAGUGUCGCUGCUGCUUUAGAUCAAACUGGAAAAGUUGGCGUUUCUGCUGGAUUUAGGCUCCAGCAGCUGAUCAGAUGAUAAAAAUCAUAUUAAAAGAUAAUAUAUGUGUAACUGUGGCAAACAUGAGGAUAUGCAGGACUGCACAUACUACAGGUGACUAUAAUUCAGUGAGGCGCCAUAGUUGGAAUAUCAUCUAAUCGGCUAGUAAAAGCACAUAUAAAACUGCUCAGGGAUCAGUUUCAGAUGUCAGAAACCAGCAUCUUCUGUCCAGGCAGGAGAAUGUAAAGGAACCCCUCUCAAACUGAGGGGUGAGUAUGUGUUACAUACAUACAUGAAUUACCCGAUGAAUUAAAUAUAAUGAUGGAGGAAUGAGUGUUUUGGUGGGUCAGUUCGUUUCAAAGCAGAAACUCUGCAGAUGCCCCUGAAUGUAUAUAUGACACUGCACUGUAAAAACUCCAUUCUCUGUAUAUUCAUGGAUUAUUAUUAUUAUUAUUU